ACAUGUCUCGUUCAAACUCCCAGUCCUCCUCGACGGCCGAACCGGCUCCAAAGCAUAGAAAAAGCUCUGCUGCUGCUAACGCUUCUACUACCGAAGAUGGUUCGUCUAAUACAACUUCACCACAAACCGGCUCCGGCAAGACCUCUCGAAAUGGCUCAACAACACCGCCAAAGUCCAACAGAACAAAUAAUCAGUCAAAUGGCACUUCGAAUCAAAAGACGUCCUCGGAGCAGGGUACUCCUCAUUUCAAGUUCAAUAUCCCGUAAGUUACAUCAAGCACUUUUCAUUUUGACGUCUUCAGGAUCUGAACUAACUCAUUGUCCAUACAGUGGCAACCGAAAUGCCCAACCAAAAGCGCGAGAAUUCAAAACUCCCGACAGCUUCGACUUUGGCCCUAUGGGAUCAAAUAAAUCAGGAUUCAUGUUUGGCUCUCCAACGCCUAAUCCCGGCUCGCGGCCAACGACCACCAAGAUCGACCUUGAUGAAGGUAGCGAAAGUGACCCGGUGGAAAUCAAAGAAGAAAGCCCGCGUAAAGAGCGAAGGCGCAACAGUGUUUUUCCGAAUCCGUUUACCGAAAAGGUUGUCGAUCUAACCAACGAAGAUGACGAAGCCGUCCAUGAACAGACUUCUGCGGACUCUGCCAACAAGUCUGGAAACUUCGACAAGAAGAAAGACUUCUCGAAGGAUGCCUGGUCAGAGUUUUGGGAUACCAAUCCGCUGUAUCCUACUGACUUCCCGACAUCGGCGACGAAGCAGAAAGGUCGCAGACCACGAGCCUCUCCCACCCCCAAAAAGCCGACUGGAGCCAGAGUUGGUACGAGCUAUGAGCGUUCGGCAUCCAAAGAUCGCGAUAGAAAUCCUACGCUUGAGGAAGUUGACGACAACUCGGACGAGGAGUACGAGGCUGGGUGGGAGUCUCCGGAUAGCAGUCCUGAUGAGCAGCGCUGGAUGCCUAAUGAUCGGCCAAAAUCAAAUCCUGAAGACCGCAAGAUCAAGACUCCUUCUCCGAAAAAAACAGGUUCUAAAGCUGAUCCGACCGCAGCCUCCAACGGGCACUUCAAAAUGGACGAUCUGAAGCAUACAAUUCCCAAUGAGUUCACUACCGAAACACACGAUGUGACUAUGGAUUCUCCCAUAAAUCCGCCUCUUUCGCCGGGAGAGCGAUCUGAGCCAACGACUCCGGUCGACGUACAAGACACCGAUCUUGUGUCUGAUAUUCCGUUUGACCGCAACGCUCCGGUGGAUCCCAACUUCCGCUCAACUCCGGUGCAACCCCCGCCUACUGUUAUCGACUACCAUAAUUCAGCGGCGAUUUUCAACAUCACGUCGCCUGUGCCGCCGAUUGUCCCUUCGAUCAGUGCCGGGGAUGUAGAGCUUGCGAAUUACUGGCAGGACGUGCUCCGCUACCAGUCUCAGUGGAAUGACUAUCAGCUCAAGAUGACGCUUUAUUUCAGUGAGCGCCAGCAGGCGGAUCAGCUAAACUCUUUAGACAUUAUCUCGCAGUCUGGAAAUCUGAAUGAUUACGUAGCUGUUUUGCAGCAAGAUGAGCGCGUGCGCGCUUCCUGGAAUCUGGCUUUGCAGAUCCACAAGCAGGUAAUGGUGAAUUUGCUUGGUGUCCGUCGGUUGAAGGAAGGAUGGUGAUUAGUUGUAUAUAUAGCUCGAGUUUGUGAUAAGGAUCUGAGAUUUAAUGUUAUAUUAUAUGGAGGAUGUAUAUU